AUGUCUUGUUGUGGUGUUCGCCUUGCAAAACUAAAGCACUAUGUCCCGGAACACGAAGUCAAGUUGAUAUCAAGAGCAGACCCCUUGAAAUAUAUACUUUCACGGCCCAUACUUUCAGGGAAAAUUGCAAAGUGGGCUGUAAUUCUCCAACAAUUCGCAAUUGAAUAUGUUCCCCAAAGAGCUGUAAAGGGGCAGGCUCUAGCAGAUUUUUUGGCAGCACAUCCUAUACUUGAUGACUCACCUCUAAUAACUGAUUUACCAGAUGAAGAGGUUAUGGAAGUAGAAAUUCAGAAAGGAUGGGAGAUGUAUUUUGAUGGAGCUUCAAGGAGUCCAGAUGGCAAAAAGCAAGAAAAUCCUAAAAAUAAUAAAGCUCGAAUUGGAAUUGUGUUUGUGACUCCAGACAAUGCUAUAAUCACCCAUUCUUUCGCCUUAAGUGAAGGAUGCUCCAAUAAUGAGGCAGAAUAUGAAGCUGUAAUUGCUGGAUUAGAAUUGGCAUUACAAAUUCCUAUUGAAGAACUCUCAAUUUAUGGAGAUUCGAAACUGGUGGUAAAGCAACUCCGUGGAGAAUACAUGGUUCAGAAAACAAGUCUCAUCCCGUAUCAUGGAAGGGCUGAUCAAUUGCUUUCGCAAUUCAGGAAAACACAUAUUUUCCAUGUGAAGAGAAGAACAAAUACUCGAGCUGAUUCACUUGCAAGUUUGGCUGCAUCACUCACCCUACCAGAUAGCAAAAUAAUUACUAUUACGGUAGGUGAAAGAAGGGUGUUACAACCUUUAAAAGAAGUUUCUGACUUGAUUCCACUUUUGGUCGUCACCACGAAAGGAGAAAACGAGGAGGAUUGGCGGGAACCAUUUAUAACUUACCUCCAACAUGGUAGGUUACCUGAAGAUAAAGUAAAAAGAAUUGAAGUGAGACAUAGGGCUACCAAAUUCGUCUCGUGGAAGGAUGGGUUAUACAAAAGGUCUGUGGAUGGAAUGUACAUGCGGUGUAUAGCCAAGGAGCGUAUUCAAGAGGUAAUGGCAGAAAUACAUGCAGGUGUAUGUGGGGCACACCAAAGUGGUCCUAAAUUACAUAUGCAGCUAAAACGGUUGGGAUACUAUUGGCCGACUAUGAUUGCAGAUUGCAUAAAUUAUGCUCGAAGAUGCCAAGUCUGCCAAUUCCAUGGGAACUUUCUCCACCAACCCCCAGAGCCUUUACAUUUAACAACUUGUUCUUGGCCAUUUGCAGCAUGGGGUAUGGACAUUAUUGGUCCUUUUGUACCUCCAUCUUCAGCAGGAUAUCGAUACAUCCUAGCUGCAACUGACUAUUUCUCAAAAUGGGCAGAGGCCGUGGCUUUUAAGGAUAUAAAAAGCACAGUUGUCUCUGAGUUCAUCCGAACCCAUAUCAUUUAUAGGUUCGGGAUUCCAAAAAGUAUCAUCAUGGAUAAUGGACAGCCAUUCAGGAGUGAUGCUUUGAACAAGUUAUUUGCCAAGUACAAAAUCAAAAACAACCAUUCAUCAAGAUAUCAUGCACCUGCUAAUGGUUUGGCAGAAGCUUUCAACAAGGCAUUGUGCAAAAUUCUUAAGAAGAUGGUGGAUAAGAACAAAAAAGCUUGGCCCGAAAAGUUACAAGAAGCUUUGUGGGCUUAUCGGACUUCACACAGAACUCCUACGCAAGCAACCCCUUAUUCGUUGGUUUUUGGAGGAGAAGCAGUGUUACCACUUGAGGUUCAAAUACCAUCAUGA